AUGCCGCACAUCGGGUGGUUGGUGGAUCUAGAUCGCCAACGAUGUGAAUGCGCGUACUUCAACAAAAUGCGGAUGUGUGCUCAUGUCGUAGCUGCUCUCAAAAAGCUUCACAUUACGUCAACCGCUCGAGACCCGUUGCAACAGCUGAAGAACCGAAUUGCAGAAUCAAAAAAGAAGAAAAGGGGAAGCUCGAAACAGAAGAAGGUGGUUGCCAAGAAGAAGAGGUCAAGCACGCAGAUACAGCCAAGGCAGAAGGCGUCAAAACAACAUCAAGCCUCGGCUACAUCGAAGAAACGCGGACGGCCGGCGAAUGCAGCUCCCGCUAUGACGGUGCAAGAUGUACUUAUCGAAUAA